AGACGGAGGCGAAGGAGGCGCGGGCCCUGCCUGUCCGUCAUGUUCUUUAUACACUUGGUUCACACGCCCCGGCCCGCAACGUGUGUUUUAAGCGGAGCCCGGUGUCUUUCAAGAACAUUCUGGUAAUGUCGGAGGCCUGGAUUUGUUGCCUGCUCGUCCCCCCGUGCAGCAGCGGCCUGUUUUCCUCCCCCUGUUGUGUGUGUUUUUAUUAUUUUCCCUCUGGCUUAGAUGUGUCAAUCAUUCUCUCCCUGCCAUUGGUUGGAUAGUUUGCGUCAAAAAGUUGCCAGAGAGGCGCUUUCUCAGCAAAUCUCCCUGAGAGCGGAACCGGCCUCAGCUCCGACUCAGCCUGCACUGUUAUGAAAAAUAAAAAAUCGCCAGCGCAGCCCUCACUCGCCACGUCCACUUUGAUAGCUGGCUACUUGGGAUUUUGAAGGAUAAUUCGAUUGCCCCCACCCCCUAACCUCCAAUGCGGCUGUGAGUUCCAUCACUGCAAACCCACCCACUGAGGACCCUGAACCUGUCCUCCCCCGGCGAAUCUAGACCUUCCGGCUGGGUGCCCCCGAUCUGGGCCGACUUUGUGCCACCAAACAACCUUAGCAUGAUGUCUUAUCUCAAGCAACCGCCUUACGCAGUCAAUGGGCUGAGUCUGACCACUUCGGGAAUGGAUUUGCUGCACCCCUCCGUGGGCUACCCGGGGCCCUGGGCUUCUUGUCCCGCAGCCACCCCCCGGAAGCAGCGCCGCGAGCGGACCACGUUCACCCGCGCGCAGCUGGAUGUGCUGGAAGCGCUCUUCGCCAAGACUCGGUACCCAGACAUCUUCAUGCGCGAGGAGGUGGCGCUGAAAAUCAACCUGCCCGAGUCCAGGGUACAGGUGUGGUUUAAGAACCGAAGAGCUAAGUGUCGCCAACAACAGCAACAGCAACAGAAUGGUGGUCAGAACAAAGUGAGACCUGCCAAAAAGAAGACCUCUCCGGCUCGGGAAGUGAGUUCAGAGAGUGGAGCAAGUGGCCAGUUCACUCCCCCCUCUAGCACCUCUGUCCCGACCAUUGCGAGCAGCAGUGCUCCUGUGUCUAUCUGGAGCCCAGCUUCCAUCUCCCCACUGUCAGACCCCUUGUCCACCUCCUCCUCCUGCAUGCAGAGGUCCUACCCCAUGACCUAUACUCAGGCUUCAGGUUAUAGUCAAGGAUAUGCGGGCUCAACUUCCUACUUUGGGGGCAUGGACUGUGGAUCUUACUUGACCCCUAUGCAUCACCAGCUUCCUGGACCUGGGGCCGCCCUCAGUCCCAUGGGUACCAAUGCAGUUACCAGCCAUCUCAAUCAGUCCCCAGCUUCUCUUUCCACCCAGGGAUAUGGAGCUUCAAGCUUGGGUUUUAACUCAACCACUGAUUGCUUGGAUUAUAAGGACCAAACUGCCUCCUGGAAGCUUAACUUCAAUGCUGACUGCUUGGAUUAUAAAGAUCAGACAUCCUCGUGGAAAUUCCAGGUUUUGUGAAGACCCAUAGAACCUCUUUUUGUGGGUGAUUUUUAAAUAUACUGGGCUGGACAUUCCGGUUUUAGCCAGGCAUUGGUUAAAAGAAUUAGAUGGAAUGAUGCUCAGACUCCUCUGAUCAAAGUUCCAGGAGGCAUAGAAGGAAAAAUGGAGGGCCUUAGAGGGGCCUGCCAACCAGCAACCUGAAAUGGACAAACCAAUCUACUUAAGAUCCUGUCAUAGUUUUAGAUUAUUGGUUUUCCUGAUUUGCAGAGUGAUCAAAAGCAUUCUAGCCAUGUGCGACCAAACACCACCAAAAAUAAACAAGAUGAAACAAAACUAAGCUGUGAGAGAAGGGAGGCAAGGGCCUAGCCUUCUUAAACAGAGGUGUUCCAAUGUUUUAGCCAAUCCUUGGUUGAAUCUUAGGAAUGAACAGUGUCUCAAGCUCAUUCACGUUUCAUGACCAACUGGUAGUUGGCACUGAAAACCUUUUCAGGGCUGUGUGAAUUGUGCGACUGAUUGUCCUAGAUGCACUACUUUAUUUAAAAAAAAAUAAUGUUCAUAAGGAGUCAAUAUGUAGUUUAAGAGACAAUCAGUGUGUGUCUUAUAUAAAUGGUACAUCUGUGGUUUUUAAUCUGUGCUAGACUUCAAAACUGUGAUCUCCUGUUCUUGUAUGCAACCAUGAACUCCACCUCUGCAGGAGUUCUUCUGUGAUUAAAUAGGUAAUAAUUAUAAGCAAAAUUCAGAGCAACUGAGUGCUACCUAAAAAAGGAUUACCUGUGGCUGGAGGUGAGCUGCACUGAAACUUCCUGGCGUCAUGUCUCUGGACAAGGAGAGUAAGAAGAGAAGCAAGGACGCUAACUCCUCUGUACUUUACUGUUGGUAAGCCUAGCAGUGAAGAGACGUUGGUCAAUUGCUCUGACCCUGAUGCUUUUUUAAAUUGAGAUCGUUGUUGUUUAUGCUUGCAGAUGUUAACUGGAAAAGUUAUAUAUGCAUAAACCUUUUCUUCCUGGAUUUGGCAGAUCUGUAUAAUUAUAUUAAAAUGGUUCUAGCACAA